GUAAGUGCACAAAAGCCGCCGAGUGGCUAUUAACAAUUUGUUUCUUUGAAGUGCUUAUUGAGAAAAUAUGAAGCCAGCCACAGUCCACACGAUGAGACAUCGUCCGAGAGGCUGUGACGGCACAAGAUGCUUCCUCUCAGCCUCUUUAACCAAAAAACUCCCCUUUAUGGAACCACCCAGAAACUUGAUUUCAACCCUUUUCUUAUUCUUCUUCCCUUAUAAUGCCUUCAACAACCUCUCGUAUGUUGACCCAAAUGCCGCUUUCAAUCGCCGCCAAUUUUCACCCUUCUUUCAAAACUAUCUCCAACAGGAUUUCUAAGCUUCAAUCCCUUAAACCCACAUCGUCUCUUCAAUUCCCUUCCUCAAAUCUUGUUUGCCUUCGUGGGUUUGUCUCAAAGGAAGCUUUAUUUCGGAAAAGCGGCUGGGGCAUGGCUGAAUUGACUGGGCCCUCUUCUGUUAAGUGUGGAAAUGGAGAUGAGGGUUUCAGAAGCUUAGAGACAGAGUCGUUUUUUGAUGGGUCUUCUGAAUUUCAUUCUGAGAUUGCGGCUGGUGGGCUGGAGGCUAUACUCAAUAAGUUGAGCAAGUGGCUUGUAGCUGCCCUUUUUGCUGCUAUAAUUCUUUUGAGGCAUGAUGCCGAAGCCUUGUGGACUGCCAUGGGGUCUGUUAUUAAUGCUGUGCUUUCUAUGGUACUAAAAAGGAUACUAAACCAAGAGCGGCCUAUUGCCACAUUGAGAUCUGAUCCUGGAAUGCCUUCUUCUCAUGCACAGUCUAUAUUCUUCGCUGUUGUAUUUGUCGCCUUGUCAGCGGUGGAAUGGCUAGGUGUUAAUGCAACAUCAUUGUUUAUCUGUGGACUUUCCUUCAUAUUUGGUUCAUAUUUUUCAUGGCUACGAGUCUCACAGAAGCUCCAUACUAUCAGCCAAGUUUUGGUAGGUUCUGUAUUGGGUGGUUUCUUCGCUAUUUCAUGGUAUUUGGUCUGGAAGGCUGUGGUUAGUGAAGCUUUUUCAGCAAAUUUAUGGGUUCAAGUUGUUGUGGCCUUGGGAGCUUCUGGAUUCUGUAUAGGCUUCGUUAUAUAUGUCUUCAACAAUUGGUUCAAAGAUGAAAAAUAGUUGUUGUCACAUUACAGUAUUCUACAUGUUUCAAUUGGAUGGGAUCCUUGGUCUCCUUUCUCGAGGCAAACAAGUGCUCGACUAAUUGAAUACAACUGCUGAUUUCACCUUUUGAUGAGGUGAGAUGAGAAUUGUGUCCAUGUGAAAGAUAGUUAGGGUGUAGAUUUUUCUUUUUUGUUUUUAGAAUGGAAAACUGAUUGAAUCAUUCAAUGGCUUAUAGGAGGCGUAAAGGGCAUUUGUGCAUUUAUGAAAAAUCUUUGAAGAGUACAAAUCUCUAUAAAGUUUCAAACUGUAAGAUCAUUUUACGUAUAAUGCUUAAAUAGUAUCCACCUUCAAGUUCGAAUUUUAGGCAAUGUUAA